AUGCAUCUUAUGUACUCUCUGGGCCCCGAUGGCAAGCGGGUUUACACCCUCAAGAAGGUCACUGAGGAUGGCCGGGUCACCAAGAGUGCUCACCCCGCCCGUUUCUCCCCCGAUGACAAGUACUCUCGUCACCGUGUCACCCUCAAGAAGAGAUACGGUCUUCUUCUGACCCAGCAACCUGACAAGGAGGCUGCUCAGCUGUGAGCUGGUUGACGGAAUGACAUGAUCGAGAUACAAAAGGUGCUUUGAAUCAUUUAUGGCGAAUGGUGUUAUCAAUGGUAUUGGACGAUGAGAAACUUUUGUUUGGUUUCUGUGUGGUGCCCAUGGCCAGUAUCUUAGUGUGGUCAAAAUAUACCUUCGAGGAAAUUGUUCUAUAUUCGUUGCCUCGCAAAUCAUAUGCGACAUGCUCUAUAAUCGUUGAUCUCGACCAUCAUCAUAAUCCAUCACAGCCAUAGAC